AUGAUUGAGGUCCUGGGAACUGGAAAGCGAAAGGCUGGAUCGACCGAGGGGCCGCCCACCGGCCGCAGGCUGGAGUGGGGUCGGGCGUCCGACAGGGAGGGACCGGCGCGGGGCGGGGCCGGCGCGGGCGGGCCGGCGCGGGGCGGAGCCGCGGCGAUAGCAGCCAAUGGGCUGAAUGAGGCCGGUGGCGUUGCCUGCGCACUAGCGGCGCAGUGGCCAGCGCAGGCUGGGCGGGCCGGGGCGGGGUCCGGCGCGCUGUCUCAAGGCGCGGUCAGUGCCCGCAGUCCGAGGCCAUCAGUCCGCGGCAGCAGCGCAAGGCAGCGAGGCCGAGCGCGGCCUCCGCCGGCUCGUGGAAGCCGGGAUCGCGACUGGACGCUCCGGGCCGCCUUCGGCCGGCACCGCCCGGCCGCCGAGAUGUGUGACUGCUUCCACGUGGUGCUGCCCACCUGGCCUGGAGCCCCUGGCAGCGGUGCGCCCCCUCCCCGCCUGCAGCCCGCUCCCCUCUGGCGGGUGGGCUCCGCGGGCGCGCUGGGGCGUGUCGGGGGCGCGCAGUGCGGGCCGGACUGCGCGCUAGCGGGCGGGCGGACCUCACUUGCUUUUGGUGCCUGGCUGGCCGCUCUCUCCUGCAUCUCGCCUUAUGGGAGCCCUGGACAGCAGCAGAAGAAUGAUAGCCCUGAUGUGGGAUGGGACCCCACCCCACCAUCCUUUACCAUGGCUGGCCCUGGCCCAUGUCACUGCAGUUGGGAGAGCCUCUUUGGUGAACCAGCCAGCUGUACCCCUCCGGCACUCUGUCCCCUUCCAGGUUCAGGACUGCAGCACCUGCCCCCUCACCACUUGUCAGUGUCUGGCCGACAGCUGCAGCCUGAGGGGCCUGAUGCAGAGACUGAAGAGAACCACUCUGUGACUGAAGGGCCUACGGAUGAGAUCAUUAGACCACGGCCACAGGGGUCCUCACCUGUCUAUGAAUACACGGCUGAGGGUGCUGGCUUUGGAGUCCAGGAAAACGUCCCGGGCAGACGAACUUCAGGGAGACGUAGGUCCUGGUGGAAGCGGCACUCAGGGGACUCGCCGGCCUUUUCCAGCAUGAGUAAUCCAGAGGCUGUGCAGGAGGCCACAGAGGUGACGCUGAAGACAGAGGUGGAGGCAGGAGCCACUGGCUACAGUGUUACAGGUGGCGGGGACCAGGGAAUAUUUGUCAAGCAAGUGCUAAAGGACUCCCCGGCCGACACGCUCUUCAGCUUGAGAGAAGGGGAUCAGCUGCUCAGCACAACAAUCUUCUUUGACGACAUUAAAUAUGAAGAUGCUUUCAAAAUCCUUCAGUACUCAGAACCAUACAAGGUUCAGUUCAAAAUCAAACGGAAACUCCCUGCCAGCAAGGAAGACGAGUGGGCUGCCCUCUACCCUCAGCAAGUUUCAAAGGGCAAGGAGAAGAAGCAGGUGAGGCUCUGCCCACCAAAGUGGCCCGAGGCUACUUUGGCUGCACCGUAAAUCCUG